AUGGAAGAGGCAGACCCGGGAGAACCAGGACCCGUGGAUCUCCGCUGCACCGAGCACCCAGAGCUGCUCUCAUUAAUACUACGCGGGGACGAGGAAGCGACGCGAGAGGACAGUGACUUAGGAGAUGGAGAGCAUCUCGCUAAUGGCCAUUCAGAGGCUGCUCUGACCACAGCGGGGAAAUCACCAGCCACUAGUUACUGGAGCAUCACAGAGGGUCGGGACCACCCACUCCUCCUGACCAUUUCUCCAGGUAAAGUCAGGGCCCCGCGGGGCUCCAGACAGCCUAUACCCCGCAUCCCAGGUCGGGACCACCGGCGCUACUACCACGAGUAUUGGCGUGGUGAGUACCUGAUGGACUUUGAUAACGACCGGCAGAGCAUGGUGUGUAUGGUCUGUGGCAGCUCUCUGGCCACGCUCAAGCUUAGCACCAUAAAAAGGCACAUCCGGCAGAAGCACCCCGAGUCUCUGCUCUGGAGCUCUGCGGACAAAGAGGUGAUCCGCUCGGGCUGGGACAGCCACCUGAGUGUGUCCGGGGACCAGACCUUCAGCUCUGAAGAGACCCCAGCUCCAGAGGAGGAGCAGCUGCUGUGCAGUCAGCCUGCUGCUGCGUUGGUGGAUGGUGUGACACAGGACAGCCCCCAGCAGUCGUCUCUGCAGUGUCCCAGCCCAUCUCCCUGUCCUGUGGAAGAGGCCCAGCUCGAGCAGCAGGACGACAUGGGCGAGCCGCUGGCCCAGACGCUGGAGCGGUACCUGAACGACUCUCUGCACGCCUGGUUCAGACAGGAGUUCCUCAUGAAGUAUGACGGUGAGGCUGGGCGGCUGCAGUGCAUGGUGUGUGGGGCUGAGCUGCCCUCUCUUCACCUGGAACACAUCAAGAGACACGUGCUGGACACUCACCCCAGCUCCCUGGUCUACAGCGCUGAGGAGAGGCACUGUGUCCUGCAGGCCUGGGCCGAAGUGCACGAGGAAUUACAAAACUCUAUCGCAUCAGAAACAAGUCAGACGACCAAAGAACCUUCUGAGGACCCCUUUCCUCAGGAGGAGAAGAGCCUGUUGCUGGGGCCCGGCCUGCAGCAGGAGGGGGACGGCAGCUCAGCUCAGGACACUUGUCUUAUCGGAGAGGACGGGGAAAUUGGAGCUGCACAAAUAACUUCAACCCCUCGCAAACGCGGCCGCAAACCCAGAAAGGCGCGGUUACGUGGGGGGAACCCGUGGAGGCUGCGGCUAGACUACCUGGUGGCGUACGGGCCGCAGGGGAAGGGCACGUACUGCAUGGUGUGCUCUGAGAUCUUACACGAGACCAAGGUGAGCAGUUUCCGACGCCACAUCCAAGAGACUCACCCUGAGACCACCACGCUGAGCCAGGACGAGCGUGAGGCCAUGGCUGCAGCCUGGACUAAAGACUACUCCACAGACGGCCAGGAGGGGGACGAGGAUCAACUACAGAGGUUAUCAAGCUCUGGUACGGGUACCAAUGGUGGUACGCCUGGUGUCUCUGCUGCGGAGAUUAUUCAGGCCAGCGGCGGUGUCCUGGAUCCAGAUGGGACGAACGAGGACGGCUCCCCUGACGGCAAGCGGGUGAAGGCAGAGGAGGCGGGGGGGGAGGAGGAGGCGCAGGGAGGAGGUUCGCCCAAGGUGCCCCCCCUCCGACAGACCCACUACCCCGGCAAAGACCAGCGGCGCAACUACCAGAGCCGCUGGAGGGCCGACUUCCUCAUGGACUACGACUGUCGCAGGCACGGUCUCAUCUGCAUGGUCUGCGGCGCCACGCUCGCCACGCUCAAAGUCAGCACCAUCAAACGCCACAUCCAGCAGGUGCACCCCCACUCCCUGCUGUUCAGCCCCGAGCAGCUGCAGCAGGUCCUGGACACGUACAACCAAAGCGCCCUGGCCCAGACCAACACCGAGGACGCCGUGUCUUUGGACCACGUCUACAGUGGAACAUAA